AUGAUUCUUCGAUCAGUAUUCCUCUGUGUGGUGACCCUCGCUCUCCUCUUCCUCGCAUCCUCCACCAACGCGCUCUACACCUCAAAAGAUGCCGUCAAACAUCUAACCCCCCGAACCCUCACACCCACCCUCCACCCCUCCCUCCCAACUCUAAUCGAAUUCUACGCCCCCUGGUGCGGCCACUGCAAAUCCCUCGCUCCAAUCUACGCCCGUGCGGCCCACCAUCUCUCCACACACGCAAACGUGACGCUCGCUGCCGUUGAUUGUACUCAAGAGCAGGAGAUGUGUGGGGAGUGGGGUGUUAGGGGGUAUCCUACCCUCAAAGCGGUGUGGGCUGGGAAGGGAGGCGGGGUAGGCAGGGUUGAGGAGUAUGGCGGGCAGAGAACGGUGGAGGGGAUCGUUGGUGCGAUGAGGGGGUGGAUGCCUGGGAGACUGCUCACCGGGAAGCGAAUCGGUGAGGUACUGCAAGGAAAGGACGGGGGAAAGAGUGUCGUUGUGGUGGGGAAGAAAGGAGGGAAGAGGGGGAAGGUUCCGUUGGUUGUGAAAGCACUCGCUGCGCAUUUUUCGGGGGUGGGGGUUGGAUAUCUCACACACGACGAUGCGAAGAAACUCCCUUCACUCGCUGCGUUCGAAGGGGAUGCAGCGAAAGUGGUCUUCGGGGAUGGCGGUUCUGGGGCUCAGACGAGGGUGUAUGAAGGCGAUAUGACAUUCGGCCCCAUCGCGGCAUUUCUAUUGAAGGCGUUGACCCCACCUCGUGCGGUUGUCUCGUCGCUUGGACAGUUGAGAGAGGUGUGUGGGAGGAAGACUUGUUUACUCGUUCCGGCGUCGGCGGGGUUGGUGGUGGAUGAGUUGGUGGAGAGUCCGAAGUUGGCUGGGGUUGAGGUGUAUCAGGUUGCCGGUGACUUGGGGCUCGAGGAGAUUACGACCGUAAAUUUGAGGAAGAAGUGGAUGGUGACGAAGAUGGAUGAUACGUUGGCUGUGGAGGAAUGGAUGGAGGCUGUGAGGAUUGGGGAGGUUAAGAGAGAAGAGUUGCCGGUUGCAUGGAGGCAGGAGGCGACUGGGAAGGACGAGUUGUAA